AUGUCUCUCUUGGAUUACCCGUUUCGUCAAAGACACAAUAUCGUUUUUGGAAAAAUAAGCGGAGAAUCGUCAAGCGUUCCUGUUGGUGUUUCGGAAAAUUGGCUGGAAUACGUUUGGCUUAAUUUGCGUAAAAAUUAUGCAGAUUGUGACAUUUAUAACGCUGAUGAAACUGGAUUGUUUUAUCGUCUAACACCGUCUCAAACAUUACGUUUUAAAGGGAAAACAUGCAGUGGUGGUAAAUUAUCUAAAGAGCGACUCACAAUUCUUGUAACCUUUAAUAUGACUGGUUCUUACAAACAAAAAUUGUUAGUAAUUGGAAAAUACAUGAUUUUUUAAUGUAAAUUAUAUAUAGGAAAUUUAAAGAAAAUACACACAGUU